CUGAAAGUUGAAGGAAAUGUCCAUAAAACAGCGUACUUUUACAAUUUAUCAGUUAUAUGUGAAACUGGUAGCAUACUAUGAUAUGUCUUUCUAUUAUUAACUCAACCUGCUUCAGAAAUAUAAAAUUUGACGGGCUAUAAGUUGUAAACAUCAGACAGGCGAAUUUGAAUUCGAUAAGCUUUGAAGACCUAGCUAUCGAGUUUCAAAUAGCCUUUGUGUCAUAACGGUUAGUGAAUCAUCCAUGUAGAUAUAUAACUGCAUGCGAUGGACAAGGAUAGAUCAGUGAAUUUCACCCAUUCUUUGCUUACCAGUUCCCACUAUGAAUAUUGAAGAUUAUAAUAUCCUUUCGAAUUACAAGAGGGAUUAUGACCAAUUUAUCAGGCCAAAUGAGAAUUUACGGAAUGCAGUUGAUGCUCAGAUAGAUACACCAGCCGUUACUUGGGCUAUUAUUAGUAUGGUGAUUGACAUGUUAGGUGACCAGGCAAACUGUUGGAAUUAUCAAAUUCAAGGGGAAAACAACCAUGUUAGCGUUUGGCCUACUGAAGCAAGCAUUAACAAAGGUAUCAUAUCCGAAUUGGAGGAUGCUGCUAAACGUAAUCUUGGAAUACAUGGGUACUCUAUAUUAGAGCUAUAUAAUAUAGAAAAUGGCCCUGAUGAAGAAACAAGUCAAAACGGGCGGCCCCUUACCGCUAUUUCUGAUGAUGUUUCUCUAAUCUGCAACUGCUGGCUGGAUUAUACCACAAAGUUGGGGUUAAUAAGAAGUGGAAACUUUAUCAAGAAUGAAGCAUAUAAAGACAGUGCCCGUGACUUAGAAUUGUGGCGUUUCGGUAAUGAUUUUGACAGAACUCAAUUGAAAGAUGGAGAGAUGUUAAUCCACAUGCUAAAAAUGUAAGUGAUCACUAGUCAUCUUCAUCGCUCAAUAUAGCAUCUCAAUCUUUUCACAGCGUCCAUUUAUUGCGGGAGGUGUCAUAUCCAGGAUCCUGUUUUUAUAAUUUUCGCUAUAAUCACGGUAAUAACUAUAAAGAAUUACUAUCUAUUCUAUAUGUAAAAACAAGGCGGAAUCAGCGAUUACUCAACUCAAAUAGAAACUUAUGAGACAAAGAAAUAACUAUGACAAAGAAUAGAUCAAGUUUAC